CAAUUCUCCCCAGACUCUCAGGGUACACCAUGGGGCACAGGUCGCUGCUCCUGCUGCUCUCCGGGGCCCUGGCCCUGACCGAGACCCGGGCGGGCCCUCACAGCCUGAGAAUAUUCAGUACCUGCGUUUCCAGACCGGGCCGCGGAACCCGGUACAUCGUCGUCGGCUACGCGGAGGACACGGAGAUCGCUCGGUUCGACAGCGACGCCCCGAAGCCGAGGUUGGAGCCGCGGGUGCCGUGGCUGGAGCAUCCGUGGGUGGAGCAGGAGCAUCCACAUUUUUGGGACGACUACACGCGGGACAUCAAAAACUACGAAAACAUGUAUGGAGGGAACGUGAACAACCUGCGCGCCUACUACAACCAGAGUGAGGACGUGUCUCACACCUUCCAGGAAAUGAGGGGCUGUGUCCUGGGGUCAGAUGGUCGCUUGCUCCGUGGGUUCAGUCAGUUCGCCUAUGAUGGCAGCGACUACCUCGCCCUGAACGAGGACCUGCGCUCCUGGACUGCAACCGACAUGGUCGCCCAGAUCACCUGGCGCAAGGUUGUGCAAGUCGCUGAUCUGGACUACUGGAGGAGGGAACUGGAGGUCACCUGUGUGCGCUGGCUCCUCCUGCUCCUGGAGAAGGAGAAGGAGAAGGUGCUCCGAGCAGACCCUCCAAAGACACACCUGACCCACCACCCCAUCUCUGACCAUGAGGUCACCCUGAGGUGCUGGGCCCUGGGCUUCUACCCUGCUGACAUCACCCUGAUCUGGCAGCGUGAUGGAGAGGACCUGACCCAGGACAUGGAGCUGGUGGACACCAGGCCUGCAGGGGAUGGGACCUUCCAGAAGUGGGCUGCUCUGGUUGUGCCCUCUGGAGAGGAGCAGAGAUAUACGUGCCAUGUGCAGCACCAGGGACUGCCCGAGCCCCUGACCCUGAGAUGGGAACCCCCUCCUCAGACCACCAUCGUCAUCGUGGGCAUCGCUGCUGCCCUGGGUCUCCUUGGAGCUGUGGUCACUGGAGCUGUGCUGUGGAGGAGGAAGUGCUCAGGCAAAGACAGGGAGAGCUACACUCAGGCUGCCUACAGCAACAGUGCCCAGGGCUCUGAUGUGUCUCUCACAGCUUCUGAAGCGUGACAGAGCUGCUUUCUACGGGACUGGUGGUAACCUGCAGCCUCCCCUUGGGAGUUUAAGGGUCCCUGACUGCUGUUUCUGCCACCAACAUCACAACACGUCUGCAUUCUUAUCAGCAUCAUGUGAAGGGCUGGUCACCAGGCCACCCUCCCCAGAGGUACUUGCAUCCUCUUCUCUGGGGACUGACCUGUCCUAGCCGAGUUGGGGUGAAGCCAUCCCCAUCCUGGUCAUUUCUCAUCUGGAUCAUCUUUGUUGCUCUAUUGCCUUAGCUGCUUCAGGAGAACCUUGUCCCACCAGGCCCGGGAUCCCAAGGACUUGAGUGUCACCCAGGCCUUGUUGUGGCUCCAGGACUGUGCUCAGUGAGGGAUUCCUGUGGGUGUGUCAGCCUGGGUUCAGGCCUGAGUCUGGUCCACAACCCCUAUCUUUUGGGUAUUUUUAUAGCUUCUUUGUUUCUGUAAAUAUUAUACCUAUUUUUGUUUUUUAAUUAAAUUAUUGGAGUAUUUUUAUUAA